CAUCUCUGCUUGGUCAUGACCACCUGUGCAGAUCCAGCAGGGAUAUUUGAACUAGUACAAGUUGUUGGAAAUGGGACAUAUGGACAAGUCUAUAAGGGCCGCCAUGUGAAGACUGGGCAGCUAGCAGCAAUCAAGAUGAUGAACGUGACCGAGGAAGAGGAGGAAGAAAUCAAACUGGAAAUCAACAUGCUGAAGAAAUAUUCCCAUCACCGCAAUAUUGCAACUUAUUAUGGCGCAUUUGUAAGGAAAAGUCCUGCAGGUCAGGAUGACCAGCUGUGGUUGGUAAUGGAAUAUUGUGGAGCAGGAUCCGUGACAGAUUUGGUGAAGAAAACAAAAGGCAACUGUUUCAAGGAAGACUGGAUCGCAUAUAUAUGUAGAGAAGUUCUCAGGGGUUUAGCACACUUACACCUCCAUCAUGUUAUCCACCGAGAUAUUAAAGGUCAGAACGUGCUCCUCACAGAAAAUGCCGAAGUGAAGUUAGUGGAUUUUGGAGUAAGUGCACAGCUGGACAGGACAAUUGGCAGGAGAAACACUUUCAUUGGGACUCCCUAUUGGAUGGCGCCCGAGGUUAUUGCUUGUGACGAAAACCCAGAAUCAACAUAUGACUACCGUAGUGACUUAUGGUCGCUGGGAAUCACAGCUAUAGAGAUGGCUGAGGGAGCUCCCCCCUUGUGUGACAUGCAUCCCAUGAGGGCUCUUUUUCUCAUCCCACGAAACCCUCCCCCAAAACUGAAAUCCAGGAAAUGGUCAAAGAAAUUUCUGAACUUUGUUGAGAGUUGUUUGGUUAAGAAUUACAUCCAUCGCCCAACCACGGAAACUCUGCUCAAACAUUCCUUCAUUAAAGACAUGCAGAACGAACGUCAGGUGCGCAUCUUGCUAAAGGACCAUCUAGACAGAGCCAGGAAGAAGAAGGGAGACAAAGAAGAAACUGAGUAUGAAUACAGUGGAAGCGAGGAAGAAGGUGAUGAGCUGAACGAAGAUGAAGGAGAACCAAGCUCAAUUGUUAAUCUCCCCGGUGAAUCCACUCUCCGCCGCGAAUUCCUGAGGCUUCAGCAGGAGAACAAAAGUCGUUCUGAACCCCAACGCCAGCAGCAGAUCCAACAGCAGAAAGACCAAGAGAAGUACAAAAAACAGCUGUCAGAAGAGAGGCAGAAGCGGAUUGUGGAGCAAAAACUGCAGAGGAAAAAGUUGGAGGAUCACCAGAAGAGAGAAGAGCUUCGGAGGCAUCUGGAGUCUGAAAGAAAAGGUACCGAGAUCAAGGGAGCUCAAAGCAAAGCCGAGAAGGAUAAAGAUGUCAGGAAAAGUAAUGAAGAGGAAUGGUGCAAAGUGGAUGGGGUCAAGAAAUCAGAAAACCAGCAGAAAAAAGCUGAAGACACACAUCACAUUAAGAAGCUUCAUCGGACGCUUCCCAAGGAUCAAGCCCAGUUGCUUUCUUUCCAACACGAUCACAAGCAAAUGAGGCAAGACCCUCCCCAAGUCCUUAGCCCAUCUCCUGGACGGCUGCCUUCCAACAGUACAAACAGAGAAUCGGAGAACAAGCACAAGAAGAGAGAAAGUGGCCAGACUGAUCUCGCCUGGGCACCUCUUGUGGGUCGUGAUGCCAACUCCCAUGGGAGGCUAGGCUCUGGCAGUAGUUCCAGUCCUUGUACACCAGCUUUGCAAAGAGCAGCGAUGUCUCAGAAUGAAAACUUGCAGGCCAGUCGGGAGAUGUAUCAUAGCAGUUCGUUGUCUGAUGUGGCUGUAACACCACUAAGCCCCACCCAAGAUGAUGUCUUCUGGAACUGUCAGACGGAAGAACAGCCCCCAAAGGUUCCUCAAAGAACAACCUCAAAAUUUUAUGCCAGAGAUUGUCUGGGCCAUCAGAGGCAUCAUCCCAGCGCACAUCAGCAAUCCCUGGGGGGACACGCGGUGAAAGCCCACAGUAGCAUCUGCUGCAACAGCUCCAGCGGCAGCAGGCAAAGGGAGCUGGUCUCUCAUCAGAACAACCUCUCGGCUUCAGGAUCUUCCAGACUAGAAAGCCGCCACCACUCCUGUAAGAAACCUGGAAAUACAUCACAUCCAUGCCAUAUUUCAAGUCCACCCUUCUUGGUCAAGUCGAAAGAUGGCAGCAGCUUGUUCCGGACAUCAUUGGAAUAUUCAUCCUCCAGUGAUGAAAUGUGCAGCAGUGAUGAUGACGGUGAUAAUAACAGCAAUGACAUAAGGCAACGACUCAGCAAUGGAAUGCCAGGUUUCUCAAGGGCUCGAGUUCCAGAUGAGAUCGAACUGAAACCUCAGAGUGCUGUGAUCGAUCACAAGGAUUGUACCUCAGGAAAACUCAGCUGUAGCACUCGCGAAGGUUUCUGGAGCAUGAGCAAUCAAAAUUAUCUCCUCCCCGACCUUUUGCAGCAGAGCCGAAUUUCGGACUGUUCAGCAAAUCAGCUCAAAGUUGUCGAAAGUAGUCAAGAACCUCAGAGAAAGCCUGUUUUUAAUAAGGCACCGAGCACUGACAGUACCCAGUCAAAUAAUAGUUCCUCAUCCACGUCAUCAUUUACUGCCUUCAUAGAUCCUCGGCUUCUACAAAUCUCACCACCUUCCAGCCCCACUGGACCGAACAGUGGCUGUCCAGCCAAUGUGAAACCAGGUCCUUCCAGUAGACAAAAUGCAAGGAAAGGUUCCGUCGUCAAUGUGAACCCCACGAACACUCGGCCGCAGAGCGACAGCCCGGAAAUUCGCAAAUAUAAAAAGAAGUUCAAUUCAGAGAUCCUGUGUUCCGCAUUGUGGGGAGUGAAUUUACUUGUGGGGACCGAGAAUGGAUUGUGGCUUCUAGACAGAAGUGGUCAAGGAAGAGUUUACUCACUGAUAACCAGGAGGCGGUUUCAGCAGAUGGAUGUGCUUGAAGGACUCAAUGUGCUAAUCACCAUCUCAGGAAAGAAGAAUAAGCUACGGGUAUACUAUUUAUCCUGGUUACGAAACAAAAUUUUGCGGAACGAUCCUGAUGUGGAAAAACGACAAGGCUGGGUGUCGGUGGGUGAUCUGGAAGGCUGCAUACACUACAAAGUGGUGAAAUAUGAGAGGAUCAAAUUUCUUGUGAUCGCUGUGAAGAAUUCUGUUGAGGUUUAUGCCUGGGCUCCUAAACCCUACCACAAAUUUAUGGCUUUUAAGUCAUUCACCUCGCUUUCUCAAAAACCACUGUUGGUGGACUUGACGGUGGAGAAUGGACAGAGGUUAAAAGUCAUCUAUGGUUCACCAGUCGGGUUUCAUGCUAUUGAUGUGGACUCUGGCUCAGUAUAUGACCUCUACCGUCCAACACAUAUCCAGGGAAAUAUUCACCCACACGCCAUCAUCAUACUCCCAAAUACCAGUGGAAUGGAACUUCUACUCACCUAUGAAGAUGAAGGAGUGUAUCUUGACAUUUAUGGACACUUCUCAAAGGAAAAUAUUUUGCAGUGGGGAGAAAUGCCAGUGUCUGUUGCUUAUCUUCAGUCAAAUCAAGUCAUGGGUUGGGGAGAGAAAGCCAUUGAACUGCGUGCUGUGGAGACAGGAAGCCUGGAAGGAGUAUUUAUGCACAAAAAGGCACAGAAGCUGAAAUUCCUUUGUGAAAGGAAUGAUAAGGUAUUUUUUGCAUCUGUUCAGUCUGGAGGCAGCAGUCAAAUUUACUUUAUGACACUUGGCCAAAACGUACUGUUCAACUGGUAAAACAGAAUGAAACGUCAUCUGAAUUUUCCUACUGGAUAGGAGUUGUGCAAAUUCAGGGUGGUUACACAAAUUUGCACCUUUUCCUGCACGAGGACAAAAAAAAAGAGGGGUUCUCGGCUUGCUGCUGUCCUUCAGCACUGGGACUGAUUCGUUUCCCUGUACACCUACUGCACAUGUAUAUUGUCUGCUGUUUAAACUCUGCCGUUCAAUAAUUCUAGAGAGGUAUUUUUUUUAAUUAAGGGCAAAUAUGCAAUUGAGCAAAGUACAGCUCCGUGACAAUUGUGGCCAAGUUAGCAAGCUCUGUUUACUACGAAGUAUGCACAGGUAUGAUUUUUGCACAGAUAUUGUAAUGUUAUUUUCUUAAAAGUUCUAGGUUGGUUGGUUGGUUUACUUUGGACAACAGCUGUGUACAGGUAGCCAUAUUCAGUACGUAUAUAUCUUGCCACAAGCUGGAAAUGUACUAACUUAGUUUUGGUUUGGUUUGCCAUUCUUGCUAACACAAACGUGCUUGUCGUCAUCUCGGAACAAAUAAGUUGCAAUGACAUUUCCUUUUAGCAAAAGCAUUUAAUGGCCUUGUGAAGCUUUCUGUUUGUUUUCAAAUACAGCAUCUGCAGGAGAACGUCCCAGUGGUCCGCAUCUACAGCCAUUUGGAAAUUGUAGCAUCCUUGGCAACACACACAUAAAAUUUUAACAAGUUUUUAAACCAAGUAUACCAAGAAUAGUAUAUCAGCAUAAGAAUGUCUUUCUAAUUAUAUUUUUAAAUAGCAAUAUAUCUUCGGUGUAGAAUGUUUUUUAAACUGCUCCUGCAAAUCUUACUGACCCAACAAGCCUUUAAUAGUCAGAUGGCAUGGAUGUCUGCAAGUAGAGGCUUCAUGUUCUUCCUAGGUUGUUGUGGUUUGUUUUUCACUUUGUUUUACAACUCUUUCAUCUUCCAAUUUCAGCCCAAUACCUCUCUUUAGAUAUAUGUCAUAUACUCUGUUAUCAAGUUUAACAGAUGUAUUUCAAAAACAGUGGUAGAAACAGCACAAAGGGGAAAAAAGGUUAGACAUCAGUGGGAACAUUUCAUUAAAAUGAGGAUGAUGCCCAUUAAUUUCAACUUGGCUUAACACAUGAGAAUUUCUUAAUGGACAGAACCAAAUAAUAAUUUUGUUUUUAAAAAAGACAGCUCAUUUUUAGCAUUUCUAAUUCAUUACAUCCGAACAAUAGAUCAUUUACACAGUGGUGUUUUUUGUUUGGAUUGGUUUUUUCCACCAUGAAAUUUUAUUCUCAGGGGCUUAUUUCUUUGGGCGAAACUAGGGUUGAGCUUUUAAGUUUACAUGUACAAUCAGAGAUGCAAUAAAGUUUUAUAAUGCUUUGGAAAAUGUAAAGCACUAUUAAAAUACUAUAUAGUAUGAUUAUAGAAUACUGUAAUAAGAAACUCAAUUUUAAAAGUCUUUUUUAUCCAAAAGAGAUACAUCAUAGUCUAUGUUUGGGAGCCAUGGUUAAGGGGUGGGUGGGGAUCAUAUUAAAGACAGUAUUUAAAAAUUGCAAUAUUAUAUUUUAACAUGAAACAUAUCAAAAGAGAAGUUAUUGGAGCCAGUGGUCUAAACGUAGAAGGCAGCUUGUGAUAUUGUCUGUAAUAGCUGUAUGUAGAGAAACACAAGGACAGGCCAUGAAUUCCUCACAUUUACAGAACUAAGAUUGGAAAUCCUUGGUCAGGUAAACUUCUGGGCCUCCAGAAAUUUGGUGACUUGGAUCUUUGUCUCAAAGAGUAAUUUAUUUUGUUUUAAACAAGAGCUUUGAAAUAUAUAGUUAACUUCAUUGGAACUGCAAGUUAUGAAAGACAGUAUAUUUUUUUGAUUAUGAAAAGGUGUUCCUUAGCAGAAUAUUAAUCUUUAAGUGACAGAACGUUCAAAUUUUUUCUUAACAAGUUUUACUAUGUGGUUCUCAAAGUCUCUGCUUCCUGAAACUCUGGUUUAUGUGUUUACAAUUUUUUUUGUAUUAGUUCUUGUUCACCUGUUUCAUAUUCCAUAUUCUAGCUCGUGCAAUUUGUUUAUCCACUAUUGGUCACAAAGUUGGAAGUCAAGAUUAUCUACCCAUUUGGCAAGAUCUCUUGUAUUAACAGAAUAGGUACAGUUGUAUGUCGCAUCCUGGCUUUAACCUAUGGAUCUUUUAUCAUGUUACAGUGGGGUCU